UGGUUGUGUUUCGCGUGCUUUUAAAACGGUGACGUCGCGACUUCGGUGGAAGAGACCAGCAGGCUGAUAGCUGAUGAUAGUGUGAGCGAGCGCGUUUUGUGCUUUUCGGUUUUGAGGGUGGUCGUCUCUCGAAAAACCCUAGAAGAAACAGCAUCAGCAGCAGUUGUGUGAGUUUGUCAUACUCGUGUGCUCACGUGCGUUUCGAUUGCAAAUACAAGAAGAACAAAAAAUAAAAAAAAAACCGGAGAGCAGGUGAGAGUGAUCGUGUUAAUUCGUGGCUCAUUUCGUGAUUGUGUUGUGCUGCUGCUCACCAAACCUAAUUGGAUGGUAGUCGUCGUGAGUUGCUUCGGUGAUUACAAAUGCCGAUUGUCACGGUUCGGUGAAUUUGACGUUAGAAAUAUCACGCUCUCGUUAUCGUCCGCAGUGGUUGUCUUUCAAGCAGCGGUGUUUGUUUUUUUUUUUGACGAAGAAAUUGUAUUGGGGAAAAAGAAAUGUGCCCUACACGUUGACUGAAAAGUUUACCAUGGAUGUUGGGAAGGCGUUGCUCCGUUCGGAUGAUCGUUCAAGUGGCUGUGGGAGUGCUACUGCCACAGGAAGUCGGUUGGAAAAAAAAUCCGUCACAGUUUGACGCUUUCCCUAGGCUGCUAGUGAAGAAAGCCAAAGUUGCGUGAUUUUAUUGUGUACGACAUUCGCCAGCCGAGUGAGAGAAAUUCAACAGAGAGCCGGAGAGCGUGAGAAACAACGUGAACCGUCACUCGUCAGCGAGGUGAACACAUUUUUCUCCCUGGUCAGGAGAGGCAGGCAGUGCAAAAAAAAAAGAAAGAAAAAAAUAGGCAAAUCUUGUGUGUUGUUCUGUGUGCGUUGGUGUUGCCCAGCCUGCCAGGCCUUCGAGUAGAAGAAUUAUCGGUCGUUCCGGAACGGUUCACGACGUUUGGCAAGUUUUCUGUGAUGUAUUUCUUUGCACAUUCAACAUUCGUUUGAUUUACUGUCCAUCUGUGGGGGAAUGUCCCGGAGUGAGGUGCAGGAUCCAGGUGUUAAAUUGUGAUUGCGGUGUCGAAUGAAACGAUUUAUUUUUUGUUCGGUGUAGUGUAGUCCUUUUCUGUGUGUGACCCGAGUUGCUGAAGUCCCGUGGUUAGCAAAGAAUUAUUGAUCUGGCCGCCUGCUGAGGAGAGCCACCGGGAGAAGUUUGUCGUGUGUUCGUGAAAAAGAGUGCGAAGUUCGUGUGUUCUCGUUGAGACAGAAACCGUUCUUUUUUUUGCGGAUUAUCGAUCUCGGAGUGUGUCCUGAUGUCUAUCCAUAUGGAUUAGCGCGAGAGAGAGACAGCGGUUUCACGUGGAGUUCUAUAAAAUAAAUGCCGCGCUCAACCGCCCCCCACCAGGAGGACUCCAAGCAAUGACUGAUGAAAGUCCUCCCCGUCGGCUGUCGCAAAUAUUUGAUCCUCUGACGAGUUUGAGCGAUCUCGAGCAGAUCCAGCAGCAAAUUCAGCAGCACCAGCAACUUCUUCAGCAGCAACAGCAGCAGCAGCACCAGAACCAAAGCCAGCAUCAGCCACAACAAAAUCUUUACAAAUAUGCCCAGGGAACCAGCAGUCAGUUGCAGCAGCGACAAUCCGGUGGAUACAGCAGUUACAACAACACGGCAUCCUCGUCGACAUCACUAUCAUCGGCCUCGAAUCAAAGUGCCAAGCUGAGCUCGAGCAGUUCGACCAGCAGCUACGUGGGGGGACCUCCGCCGGGUCUGACCCGAAUAGUGAUGGGAUCACGGUCAACCCCCAACAGUCCACGGUUGGCGGCGCGUCGAGGAACGGGUGGCUCCGGUUCCGGUGGUCCGGUGGGUAGCAACCGACCGCCGAUGGUUCCUCCCCGGGUGCCAAACGCUGCGAUGAUUGCAAAUCCUUCCCUCGUUGCCCUGGAUUCGGACGCUCCGUGGCCGGCUUUCAGCAGCCUUACCGACAGUCUCGACGUACAUCAGGUUAACAACUACAACCAGGGGCUUCCGGAGCUCCUGGUUUUCCUAUUGCAGAUUAAUUGGCAGGAGCGUUGCCUGGAACUGCAGCUCGAAUUGCAUCGUUCGCGGAAUCAGGCCGGCCGGGUGCGGGAUAUGCUGCGUGAAAAGCUAUCCGAGCUCGAACAAAGGGUCAUCGAAGCUGAGGAACGGGCCGAUGAAGCUGAGGACAAGGUCCGGGCCAUGGAGCAGCGGCUGUGUGACUGGCCCAAGUCUCAGAGCAUAACUGGGCCAGCCGGAAGCAGUAACAGCAGCGGCGGAGCAGCGAAAAACAACGCCAAACCGUCCGGCGGUUCGUCGACCGAUCCGGUGAAAAUCUCGCAGCUCGAAACAGCCGUCGAAGAGCAGAAACAGUUGCGCCUCCAGGACGCCCGUCAGGUCGGUGCGAAAGCGGCCAAAAUCAAGGAGUGGGUCACGAACAAACUCCGUGAGCUGGAAGAGCAGAAUCAGCUGCUGCGCGAGCAGAACAUCAAGUGCAAUCAACAGUUAGAACUAUUAAGAAACCACAUUGCCACCCAAAGCAGUAGACAUAGUAUACAGCAACCUGUUAGAUCUAGUUUAAGCUUAGACGUGCAGGAUUUUAAACGUCGGAGCGGUCGACGGCGAAGCGAAUCGUUGGAUCCGCCGGAACAUCGCUCCCUGCUGACGUCCUCCACGGUUCACCAUCAUCGGCGUAACCUUUCGAUGGAACCUCAGGAACUAGCUAGAGACUUAGCGGCCGCCGUUGAUGGUCUGCAUUUGAUACCCCUAAAUCCUGGUCAACAGCCCAGUCCCAACUCCGACAUGGAAGCGGCCCAUGACUACGCAGAAAUCUACACACCGUCCCGGGAAAAAGCUCCCACGUGGUUGAAGGGCCUACCGAGUGGAGGUUCGAGCACAACCACUUCCGAUUCGGUUGCUGAGUUGGGACCACCGAGGCCACCGACCCCUCCACUCCAUCGCUUUCCUAGCUGGGAAGCUAAAAUUUACCAGGUGGCCAACGAUGGCCUAGCCGGAGAUGAGAAUGAAUCCCAGGACCAAGAAUCCGGGUCCGGGAUGACGUCAAGCGUCGGAAUGAACUCCCGUUCGCAGACCGUUUCCGGAGGAUACUGUGAUAUUAGUGUACCGGUUUACGCCACCGUUAAAGGGCGUGCCUCCCAGAUCCGGUCGAUGCCAUUUACCGGCGAUUCCAGUGAUGACAGUAGCGACGGUGAAGAACAUGGUGCCAUCAUGACCUGUGCCACGUCCACACACAACUCGCACAACUCAACCAGCACGGACAAUACCGAAACGAGCACCUCGGGUAGUGCCUCUAGUCCUUCGAAAAGCCUCAAAACUUCCUCUAGUCUAAGCCCGGCCAAACGAAGCGGGUCCGAAAGUCCAAAGAACAAAACACGAGUAAUUUCAGAAAUGUCCUUUGAAUCAGGGCUGUCCGAUGACUACGCGAUACCACCGGAUGCCGUGUCGACGGUGGACACUUCCUGCAUGGAUGCAUCAAUGCCGUCGCUGUUGAUGCGGACCUCCUACGCAGAUUCGCCCAAGAAGAUCGAAACACUGGAAAAGGUCGGUCAUCUGGCCAAGCUCGGCGGAAAGCUGAAAACAUGGCGCAAACGAUGGUUUGUGCUAAAGAACGGUCAACUCACCUACUGGAAGAGUCAGCACGAUGUGGCCCGGAAACCCCAGGGAAUGAUAGCGCUGGACGAAGCGUGCCGGAUUAACCGGGCCGAAGGGGCGUCCACGUUCGAGAUUGAUACCGGGAAAAAGGUGUACUACCUGACGGCGGAUUCUAACGCGACGAUGGACGACUGGAUUCGGGUGUUGCAAAAUGUCCAGCGAAGGAAUGCUACGAAAUUGCUACUCAGUCGGGAUGAUCAGAAGCCAACGGUGCAGGGUUGGGUUACCAAGGUCAAAAAUGGUCACGCCAAGAAGUGCUGGUGUGUGCUGCUGGGCAAGAUGUUUCUGUACUUCAAGGCACCGGGAGAAACGAACACGUUGGGACAGAUCAACAUGCGCGAUGCUCGCGUGGAAGAAGUUGAACACGUGUCCGAUUCCGACUCGGAAGAACGAGAGGAUCCUGCCCAAAGCCAAGCCCGACUGACGGUGGCCAUUUAUCCGCAGCAUCAAGGAGUGGGCCCCACAUACCUCAUCUUACCGGGCAAACAAGAACGGGACAACUGGCUGUACCAUCUGACCGUAGUUUCCGGCGGCGGUCCAAAUGCUGGCACUCAGUACGAACAACUGAUUCAAAAGUUGAUGGAAACCGACGGAGAUCCUAAUUGUGUCCUGUGGCGACAUCCGAUACUUUUACAUACCAAGGACAACAUAACCUCACCCCUAACUUCACUACAUUCCGAAACGCUACAAGCGGAAGCCGUCAAAUUAUUUAAGAGUUGCCAGUUGUUCCUUUCGGUGGCUGUCAAUCAACCCGGUAUUGACUACCACGUGGUUCUGGCGCAGAAUGCCCUCCAGCAAUGUCUGGACAUGCCGGAGCUACAAUCCGAACUGAUCUGCACCCUGAUCAAGCAAACGUCCCGUCAUACUGGCCAGAAGCUAGGUGUAGGUGUCCAGGUAAACAAGAAACUGGGCAUACCGGCUCGUCAAUUGCUGCUAUGUGCCACCCAGAGUUUGUUCACUUGCGAUACGCAACAAGGCAAUACAACUCAAGCGAAUGGGAGCUCACCAACUUCCAUUCAGGCCCCCUCAGUUGCUCCGAUCAUCGAUUGCAAAUCGAAUCCGCCGGCCUACACAUUCAUCCAGGGUUGGCAGCUUCUGUCGCUGGCCGUUUCACUGUUUGUGCCAAAAAAUAGCCGCCUGCUGUGGUAUCUCAAGCUGCACCUGUCGCGGAAUGCAGACUCCAAAACCGAUUGCGGUAAAUAUGCGGCCUACUGCGAACGAGCAUUGGAACGAACCAUGCAAAAUGGCGGUCGCGAAACGAAACCUUCCCGCAUGGAGGUGCUGUCGAUUCUGCUGAAGAAUCCAUAUCACCAUUCGUUGCCGCAUGCGAUUCCCGUGCACAUGAUGAACGGUACCUAUCAGGUGGUGUCCUUCGAUGGAUCCUCCACAAUCGAGGAGUUCCAUUCCACGCUGGCACAGGAGAUCGGAUGUCGCGAUGGCACCAACGGAUUUACGCUGUUCAGUGAUGAUCCGAUCGAGAAGGAUUUGGAGCAUUAUUUGGAUCCUCAAGCGAAGCUUUGUGACGUCAUUUCAAAAUGGGAAACGGCACUUCGCGAAAAGGGAUCCGGUAAAUUUGAAAACUCUCGUGUCAUUCAGUUGACGUACAAAAAUCGACUCUACUGGAAACACGCGGCCAAGUUGGAAACCGAGAAGGAGCGACUUCUUCUCUGCUAUCAAAUAAAUCAGCAAGUGGUCCAAGGACGUUUUCCUUUGUCACGCGAUUUGGCUCUCGAGCUGGCCUCUCUGAUGGCUCAGAUCGACAUGGGUGAUUUUGCGAUUGACAAAUCCAAAACCAGUUCACUGCAGGCAUUGGAUAAAUUCUAUCCUUAUCGCUAUCGGGACGCUCUUAGUACAGACGGCUUGAAAGAACUGCAGGAACUGCUGGCGGGCAAGUGGUCUCUGCUGAAAGGUCGCUCCGUUGUGGACUGCGUGCGGAUCUAUUUGACCUGUGCUCGAAAAUGGCCCUUCUUCGGUGCGGCCCUGUUCCAAGCAAAACCCAGACAUUCCGAUCAAGCCAUGGCCUGGUUAGCCGUUUCCGAAGAUGCCCUCAGUGUUUUGGAGCUAUCUUCGAUGGCUUCAAUCGCUCGCUAUCCCUACAGCUCGGUGAUGACCUUCGGUGGCUGUCAGGAUGAUUUUAUGCUGGUGGUCAGCGCCGAGGAUACUCUGGCCGGUAGUCCCGAACAGAAACUGCUGUUUGCCAUGAGUAAACCGAAGAUUCUAGAAAUCACAUUGCUAAUUGCGGACUACAUGAAUGCUUUGGGUCACACACUGCCCGGAACGCCACAGAUGAAUACGCUGACACGGAACGGGAGUCACCGGAGCAUCAGAUCCCGUGCCCAUCCCGGCUCGGCCACCGGAACGCCCGCCCACAACACGCUGAAUUCGUCGCAUGCCAACACCACCCACGCCCACAACACACUCACGUCCCACUCGCAUACGCUCAAUUCGCACGUCAGUCACACGCUCAGCUCGCACGGACAGCCCGACAUCCUUAAGAGCACACCGGAUCAUCAACGGCGCUAAAGGGGGCCGAACUACGCGUGACAUGGGGCCAUCCGCAAAUAGCGCACAAACAAUAACAACACUAGGACGACUAAAAGGAAAAACAAAAAUGUUUGCUUGAGAUUUCAAUUUUUCUAUUGCAUUGAAAAGUUUUUUUUUGUUUUCGUUUAAGUGCGAUUUAAUCUCGGGAUAUUUCAAAUCGAUCUGAACAAGUUUUAUUAAGCAUUUAUUUGACGACCGCAAAAAAGUUUGGGAAGAAACUUCUAGAUUUAAGUUCGUAAAUAUAACCAAAUUGUUUAGACUUUAAGUUAUUGAUUUUUUUUUGUUUGAGUUUUAAUUUCUGUAAAUAAGCGAUUACCAGAUUUCGGUACUCAUACUCCGUACUUUUUCGUGUGAACAUGCGCUAAUCGAUCAGUGCAUAUUUUAUUGAUAUUUUUUUUGCUAAUAUUUGAUUUAGUAUUUAGGCUUACAAAAUUAGUUUGUAUGAGCUUUAACCAAAACUAAUGAACAUUUAGAUUUUGUCAUAGAAAUUAGGGGCAACUAUUCUAAUACUUUUGUUUUAUUUUUUUUUAAUGAUGAUCAUUGCAUUGCAAGCCCAACUAAGUUAAACCGAGAGAGCGAGUAGUAUCGUGUUUGUGUGAAAAAAUAAAAUAAACAAUGACAGGUACUAGCAUCAAUGAGUAGACAAAACGAACUCAAGCGGAAAUAAUUAGGAAACUAAUGUGAUUUUUACGCAAUCUAUAGUUAAACAACAUUGCAAGAAACUGACGAACCAGAUACGAUUGUACUAGAAUAGAAAAAAAAACAACUAAAACCGGAAAAUUAUUGCAAAAAUCUGAAAACAUUUACUCGAAUCUGAUUAACGAAGAAAACCUAUAACCAAAUUCAUUUCUCUUGUGUUAAAAACAUGUAAUCGUGACACGUAUAAUAAGAGAAAGCUAGUAACAGGGGGGAUGAAGUGAAGCUGUGUGUGUGUAGUAGGUAUUCUUAAUUCUGUAUAACCGCCUCUAGUGUGUUGAUACCAAAACCAAAAUACGCAAACGUAUUGAAAUACCGUGUAUUCAAUAAAGAGUAAAACAGGUCGGAAAUUAUUACAACAAAACAAGUGAGAAAAUAAAGGCAGACAUUGAUAAUUGUUUA